AAGGUAAGGCUAAAAGGGUAGUUGAUUUUUUCCGCUGACGGAGAAAGGCGGUGUGCGACGGCAGAUAAAAAUUACGAAGUCUACGAGGAAUUCGUAGUAUUCGUUCUUCGCUCUUUGCUCUUCCUCAUCUACCUCGUCUUCUCUCUCAUACGCUCCUCUUCAUUUCUCUUUUGCCGGUCUCAUGGCAGGCCGCUACGAUCCCAAUCCCUUCGAAGAAGAGGAUGUUAAUCCCUUUGCGAACACAAGUGCCGUUCCCCCUGCAUCUAAUUCUAGGUUAUCACCUCUUCCUCAUGAACCCGCUGGCUUUUUCAAUGUUCGUGGUGCAACAGUUGAUAUUCCCCUUGAUUCCAAUGUGGAUUCCAGAAGGAAGGAGAAAGAACUUCAAGCAAAGGAAGCUGAAUUGAGGAGGAGGGAGCAGGAUAUAAAACGAAGGGAAGAUGCUGUAGCUCGGGCUGGAAUUGUAUUAGAAGAAAAGAAUUGGCCACCAUUUUUCCCUAUUAUUCAUCAUGACAUUGCAAAAGAAAUACCUGUUCACGGUCAGAGGUUGCAGUACCUGGCAUUUGCUUCUUUUUUAGGAUUGACUGCAUGUCUGUUUUGGAAUCUUAUUGCUGUUACAGCUGCUUGGAUCAAGGUUUCAAAUGUGAAAAUUUGGUUACUUGCCAUCAUCUACUUUAUUUCGGGGUGUCCCGGAGCCUAUGUAUUGUGGUAUCGACCUCUUUACAAUGCCAUGAGGACUGAAAGUGCUCUGAAAUUUGGGUGGUUUUUCCUUUUUUACGUGCUUCACAUUGCGUUCUGCAUCUUUGCUGCUGUUACUCCUCCUAUUAUCUUCAAGGGAAAAUCACUAACUGGUAUCUUGGCAGCUGUAGAUGUUAUUGGAGAUUCUGUUAUAGUUGGGGUAUUCUACUUCAUUGGAUUUGGGUUCUUCUGCAUUGAAUCAUUGCUGAGCAUAUGGGUUAUUCAGCAAGUUUACAUGUACUUCAGAGGAAGUGGGAAGGCUGCAGAGAUGAAGCGUGAAGCAGCUCGUGGUGCCAUGAGGGCUGCCAUAUGAAAAUCACAAUUAUUCAACAUUUCUCCACAUUUGUAGAAGACGACGGUUUGUUGUAGCCGGGUAACAUAGGUUUCUUUUUGGUGUUUGGUUGCUUGUGCAGCAGUUUCUUCUUCAUUAAAAGAGUAGGAAUGAUUUCUGAGCAUGCCUUUUUUUUUUCUCCUUUUUCUUUAAUCGAGGGCUUAUAAAUUUGUUCAUGUUAAAGAUAUGCGUUUUACAUACAUUAAUUGUUGCAAUUAAUGGUUUAGAAUUAAGAUUAAUAUUUUGAAGUUGAAAUAUUUGUGUUUGAUAAUGUAUUUAUGCACUGCUUGCAUUUUCUUUCACAAA